AUGGCAGCGGGGGAAGAUGGACGUGGCGCGGCCGUGCCCGAACGGAGCCUUUCCGGGACCUCCCACGCCCGCCCGCUCGAGAGGACUCGAUCGCAAAACGGAUACGGCGUCGACGACGACAGUGACCCUGCCCCUGGCGACGGCGGGGAGGAGCGCAAGGAACCGGCCUUGCUGGGGCCUGCCAAAGAUCCGUACGAGGUUGCUUGGGACGGCGGCGACGACGACCCCCUCUGUCCGAGGAGCUUCUCCCGGGGCCGCAAGUGGUUGAUCACCUUGAUUGUUUCGCACGUUAGCUUGUGUGUGACUUGCGCCUCGUCCAUUUACACGUCGACGUACACGAAGAUGGAGUCCGAGUUCCACAACUCCCGCAUCGUAUCUGUCCUCGGCCUGUCGACCUUCGUCCUCGGCAUCGCCUUGGGCCCCAUGUUUCUCGGGCCCCUUAGUGAGUUCUACGGCCGGAGACCCAUCUACCUCGUCUCGUGGACCACGUACGUCGUCUUCCUGGUCCCGCAGGCCGUCGCUAAAAACGUCGCCACGGUGAUCGUGUUCCGCUUCCUCGACGGCUUGACAGGAAGCGCCUUCUUGGCUGUUUCUGGAGGCACCGUGAGCGACUUGUUCGCGAGGCACGAGUUGCAGGCCCCCAUGGCCCUGUUUUCCGUUUCGCCCUUUGUAGGGCCCAGCAUUGGCCCUUUGCUGGGUGGCUUCAUCAACUAUAAUGUUGACUGGAGGUGGACUUACUAUGUGCUGCUGGUGUGGUCCGGCCUUGUCUGGGUCGCGCUUGUCUUGUUCGUGCCCGAGACUUAUCGCACACAUGAAGAGGUUGCACGGGCUGUUCGUGGGGCACCGUGGUCUCAGUUCGGUUCGUCAGUCAUCACCAUGCGGUUGCUCAUGUUUGUCUCAGACAAGGAAUAUCGAGCACUGACCUUGUCUCUCUCUCUUCUCACCUUGACAGAUCCCAUCUUACUGCGAAGCAAGGCCAAGAAGCUGCGUCAGGAUACCGGCGACGAAAGGUGGCUGGCUCCCAUGGAAAAGGCGCACAAGUCGGUCGUGCGGUCUGUUGGCCGCUCCCUGCAGCGACCCUUUGAGCUGCUCAUCUUUGAACCCAUGUGUCUCAACCUCUGCCUCUACGCCGCACUUCUACUGGGCAUCUUGUACCUGUUCUUUGGCGCAUUUCCACUCGUGUUUGGCACCAAUCACGGUUUCAACACCUGGCAGAUUGGCCUGUCUUUCAUGGGCAUCUUCGCAGGCAUGAUCCUGGGCAUCAUGACCGAUCCCGUGUGGCAUCGUGUCCGUACCCGCCUGGUUCAGAGGCUCGAAGCAGAGACGGGCGUCUCAGGUGCCAGCGAGCCCGAGUUUCGACUUCCACCAGCCGUCUUGGGGGCGUUUCUCGUCCCAGCUGGCAUCUUCAUGUUUGGAUGGUCUACAUAUCCGUGGGUGCACUGGAUGGUGCCCAUCAUUGGAUCGUGUAUCUUCGCGAUUGGAAACGUGUUGCUCUUCACUGGUAUCUUUACCUUCCUCCCCUGCCCGAUCGGCUGGACCCUGGCUGAUGCGACUUUCUUGCUGCUGAUUCAGGUCGAUGCGUAUCCGCUGUAUGCUGCAAGUGCACUGGCUGCCAACGCCUUUGUGCGAUGUAUAUUCGCAGCGGCGUUUCCUCUGUUUGGUAUUCAAAUGUACGACAAACUUGGCUUCCAAUGGGCAUCCUCGCUGUUGGCUUUCUUGAUGGUGGCCAUGGUGCCGUUUCCGUACAUCUUCUUCCGCUACGGCAAGAAGAUACGAAGCAAGAGCAGAUAUGCCAAGUCGUGA